AUGAUAUGGCAGUUCUCCAACAAUGGCCAGUAUAUAGUUAAAAGCGGUUACCACUACCAGAGAAGUUUGGAGUCAGGAAUGGAGGGGGAAGCAUCGAGAAGACAUAGUGACAAAGAUGUGUGGAAGAGGUUAUGGAAGAUGAAGGUUGCUCUUGCUUUAAAAUUCUUUGUUUGGAGAGCUUGCAGUGAAGCACUCCCCACUUGUGCCAGCCUGAAAAUGAGGAAAGUUAUGGAAGAUCCCCUCUGUCCAAUUUGUAGAAUAGAACCUGAAACAUCAGGCCAUGCUCUAUGGGGAUGUUCAGCUGCAAGGGAUGUGUGGAGUCAAGGGUGCAUCAAGGUUCAAAAUAUGUCAUACCAAAAUGACUUGUUCUUCAAUGUAUGGAUGUCUCUAGUGCAGCAACUGGACCAAAAUGAAUUGGAGGAGGUGGCUGUAACAUUGAAGGGGAUAUGGACCAGAAGGAAUGAGUUUUUGCAUGGUAAAGGGUUCAGGCAUCCUACCAACAUAUCCCAAACAGCAAGAAAUAAGGUGUUUUCCUUCCAUGAGGCUAACCAGUCCCACCAACCUAAUCUAAUGCAGAGAACUCAGAAAGAACUCUAA